AUGUCCGAUCGUGGGUCGAUCACCAACCUAACUCUCAGACCCCAAUCCUACGCUGCCAGAGUUACGCCAAAGGGGGAUAUGGUCGAGCUGCGCGUCCGAGCUGUCGGCCUGAACUUCCGUGAUGUCCUUAAUGUGAUGAAUCUCUACCCUGGAGAUCCGGGUCCACCAGGAUCUGACUGCGCUGGGACAGUCGUGGCAGUGGGCGAUCGCGUGAAGCACUUGAAGGUCGGCGAUUCUGUCUAUGGGGUCGCGCCCGGGUGUCUGAAGACGUACGUCACGACCAACUCCCAAAUCAUACGGAAGAUGCCUGCCUCCAUGUCUUUCGAAGAAGCGGCAGCGCUGCCGGUCGUUGCGACGACAGUUGAGUACGUGCUCAACGACCUUGCGAAGGUCAGGGCUGGGGAAAAGGUGUUAAUCCACGCAGUUUCCGGAGGCGUGGGCAUCGCCGCUGUACAGUUCUGCAAGCGUGUCGGCGCCGUGGUCUACGUCGCGAUCCCGAGAAGUUCACGGCAGAAAUGA